AUGUCCAGCCCUUCGCCUUCAAGCGAACAACCCCAAUCUCGCAACCGCCCUGGCUCCGCAUGCACGGAAUGCCGUCGCCGCAAGAUGCGCUGUGAUGGGAAACAUCCUCAAUGCAAUAAUUGUUCUAACGCGGGUAUAAUAUGUGUUUUCAACCCCCAGCCUUCCCGUCGCGGGCCCAAAAAAGGACAUUUAAAAAGCCUGCAGGUGCGUAUCGCGAAUCUCGAGAAUACAUUGUUUGGACGGACACAGGAUCCUCUGUCCACGGAGAUUUCCACAGACGGUGACGCUGCUGCGCAAUCCGCAAUGCAUGGCUGGGAAUCCCAGUUAAACAUACCCCUUAAUGAGUUCAACAUUCCAGCGGGUGCACCAAAGUUGGGGACUGUACCGAUUUCGGACUUAUUACACGCCGAACUGGAUGAUAGUAAAUCCAUAUCGAGAACAUGCUUGCAAUACGCCAUGUGGACGAUAACUACGUCCAAGUCCGCCCAACUGGAACAUCUCUGCGAACCACUCUACCAGUCAGCCCGAGAGCUACUAGGAUGUCUACAAGUAACAGCUGAAAAUAGCAACAUAGACCGGAUAGAGCAUGUUCAAGCAUUACUGAUACUUGCAGUUUACGAAUUUACCCACCAUACCUUUCAGCGUGGGUGGAUGAGCGCCGGUCAGGGUAUUCGACUUGUGCAGCUGAUGAACUUGCACAAGAUUGAUCUCAACAAGGAGGGCAGAGCAGGACCCGACGAGGCGAGCGGGUUGGAUGAUCCCGUUUGCACAGAGGAAAGGCGUCGUGUCUUUUGGAUAGCAUACAUACUAGACCGGCUUAUCUCCUUAAGACAUGAGAGCCCAUUGACCUUUGAUGAGCGAGUCAUAGCGACACGGUUGCCCGCCAGAGAGGAGGCCUUCCAGAUGGGUCAAUUAAACCAGAUGACUGGAUUUCUCUCGAAGGCUAUUACUGAAGAUGGGCCUCUCCCGAAAGCAGAACUUUCAGAAAUGGUUAUUCUAGCUACACUUUGCGGAAGAACAGUAUUACACCGGCAGCAGGCAGCCGCUGAGCAAGCCGACUGCGGCAUAUCCAACAGCUUCUGGGAGCGACAUCGCCGGCUAGACGCUAUACUAGUCAAGAAGGGUCAGGUUAUUUCGACACUCCAGCCGGUGGCAACCAUGAUGCCUGCAGAGCUGGCUUCUCUUAUCCCAAAUCUGAUGAUACAAUCGGCUCUUCUAUAUCAUUGUACGACGCUGCAGCUCCUAGCUGACGGAAUUGAAAGCAGUGAGAUGGUCCUGCAAUGUCGACAACGGGCAAUCCUGGCUGCGCAGGAGAUUAUCCGAUUGACAGAGGCAGUGCUCCAGCUGAAUUAUUUCGAGAUUGCCCCAUUCACACCGCUUCCCGUGCUUCUCUGCGCCAAAGUAUUGAUGAUGUAUCAAGACGCGGAUCCCUCAUGUGCGCUUCAGCUGCAGGAAGUUCUAGGUAUGGUGCAGAAUCUGGCAAAUACUAACCAUUUAUGCCGGGAGUGGGCUAUCCAACACCGUGAUCUGUUCGGAUCCGAAUCCGACUUUGUCCAUAUUGAGGAGGAGAGCCAUGGCUAG